AUGUACCAAGCGGGGCAGAGAGAGAAGCUCACUGAAGCAGGUGAGAGAAUUCCCUCAUGGAUGAAGGGACAUGCCCACCUGUCUGAAGUAGACAAACUGGCAGCAAAGAAGAGAAAAGAAUGGUCAGUUGAGAGAAAGUCUGAAGAUGCAGAGAAAGCGGGGAUAAUUGAUAGAGCCAGAGAAGAAUGGAAGGAGUGGGUUCCGAGCACAACGGGCGAGGCGCCCUCCGCAGCUCCGCACAGCGCUAGUCGCGGCCGUGCGCCCGCCGUAGCCGUCUGGGUCCCCAGCGCGGCCGCUCCCGCGGCCCCCUUGGCUCUUCCAGCGCCGCCUGCGAGGCUAGGCGGAGGCAGGAUGAAGAUGACAGUGGAUUUCGAGGAGUGUCUGAAGGACUCGCCCCGCUUCAGGGCUGCUUUAGAAGAAGUAGAAGGUGAUGUGGCAGAAUUGGAACUAAAACUUGAUAAGCUUGUGAAGCUUUGUAUUGCUAUGAUUGAUACUGGAAAAGCCUUUUGUGUUGCAAAUAAACAGUUCAUGAAUGGGAUUCGAGACCUGGCUCAGUAUUCUAGUAAGGAUGCUGUAGUUGAGACAAGUUUGACCAAGUUUUCUGACAGUCUUCAAGAAAUGAUAAAUUUUCACACAGUAAAGUUUGAUUUAACCGUAUACCAAUUAAUUAUUAAAAACUACUUAGGUAACUUUGUAAAACAAGAUCUUAGAAAAUUCAAAGAUGCCAAGAAGCAAUUUGAAAAAGUCAGUGAAGAAAAAGAAAAUGCAUUAGUAAAAAAUGCCCAAGUACAAAGAAACAAACAGCAUGAAGUUGAAGAAGCCACAAACAUUCUGACAGCAACAAGAAAAUGUUUUCGACAUAUAGCCCUUGACUAUGUACUUCAGAUUAAUGUUCUUCAAUCAAAAAGGAGAUCAGAAAUCCUAAAAUCAAUGCUAUCCUUUAUGUAUGCCCAUUUGGCCUUCUUUCAUCAAGGAUAUGAUCUGUUUAGUGAACUCGGGCCCUACAUGAAAGAUCUUGGAGCACAGUUGGAUCGACUGGUUGUGGAUGCAGCAAAAGAGAAAAGAGAGAUGGAGCAAAAACAUUCCACCAUCCAACAAAAGGAUUUCUCCAGUGAUGAUUCUAAGUUAGAAUAUAAUGUAGAUGCUGCAAAUGGUAUUGUUAUGGAAGGAUAUCUGUUCAAACGAGCCAGCAAUGCCUUCAAAACUUGGAACAGACGCUGGUUUUCAAUACAGAACAAUCAGUUGGUUUACCAGAAAAAGUUUAAGGAUAAUCCCACUGUAGUAGUUGAAGAUCUUAGGCUCUGCACGGUGAAACAUUGUGAAGAUAUAGAACGACGAUUCUGCUUUGAGGUAGUCUCUCCAACAAAAAGUUGUAUGCUCCAGGCAGAUUCUGAAAAGCUGCGCCAGGCAUGGAUUAAGGCUGUUCAGACCAGUAUUGCUACUGCUUAUAGAGAGAAGGGUGAUGAAUCAGAGAAGCUGGAUAAGAAAUCAUCUCCAUCCACAGGAAGCCUAGACUCUGGAAAUGAAUCAAAAGAGAAAUUAUUGAAAGGAGAAAGUGCUCUGCAGCGAGUCCAAUGUAUCCCUGGCAAUGCCAGCUGUUGUGACUGUGGUCUCGCAGACCCUCGGUGGGCCAGCAUCAACUUGGGCAUCACCUUGUGUAUUGAGUGCUCUGGGAUUCACCGGAGUCUUGGGGUUCAUUUUUCUAAAGUAAGAUCUUUGACUUUAGACACCUGGGAGCCGGAACUUUUAAAGCUUAUGUGUGAGUUGGGGAAUGAUGUUAUAAAUCGAGUUUAUGAAGCUAAAGUGGAAAAAAUGGGAAUAAAGAAACCACAACCAGGACAAAGACAGGAGAAGGAGGCUUAUAUCAGAGCAAAAUAUGUGGAGAGGAAAUUUGUGGAUAAAUAUUCUAUAUCAUCAUCACCUCCUGAGCAGGAAACAAAGAUUGUCUCCAAAAGUUAUGAAGAAAAGAGGCUGAGCAUUUCUAAACUUGGGCCAGGUGACCAAGUCAGAGCAUCUGCCCAAAGUUCAGUCAAAAGUAAUGACAGUGGAAUCCAGCAGAGCUCUGACGAUGGAAGAGAAUCUUUACCCUCCACAGUGUCAGCCAAUAGCUUAUAUGAACCUGAAGGAGAAAGGCAAGAUUCUUCUGUGUUUCUCGACUCUAAACAUCUUAAUCCAGGACUUCAGCUUUAUAGGGCUUCAUAUGAAAAAAACCUUCCUAAAAUGGCUGAGGCUUUGGCUCAUGGUGCAGAUGUGAACUGGGCUAAUUCAGAGGAAAACAAAGCAACACCGCUUAUUCAGGCUGUAUUAGGGGGCUCUUUGGUGACAUGUGAAUUCCUCCUACAGAAUGGUGCUAAUGUGAACCAAAGAGAUGUCCAAGGACGGGGACCACUGCACCAUGCAACUGUCUUAGGGCACACAGGGCAGGUAUGUUUAUUCCUAAAACGAGGUGCCAAUCAACAUGCCACUGAUGAAGAAGGGAAAGACCCUUUGAGCAUAGCUGUGGAAGCAGCCAAUGCUGAUAUAGUAACCUUGUUACGUUUAGCAAGAAUGAAUGAAGAGAUGCGGGAAUCAGAAGGACUUUAUGGACAGCCAGGUGAUGAAACUUACCAGGACAUUUUUCGUGAUUUUUCUCAAAUGGCAUCCAAUAAUCCAGAGAAACUAAAUCGUUUCCAGCAAGAUUCACAGAAAUUCUGAUUUUUUUUAAAAGGGGAGAAUAUGAAAUUUGGUGACCCCUAAUGUGUAUACAGCUGAAAAUUCGAAAAUUUUUACUGCUUUCGUUCUACUUAAUUUUGGUAGAUAUUGAGUGGUUUGGAAAGAAGGUACCCAUCCAUUGAUAUUUUUAUAAAUUAAAACAUAGAUCUCUAGUAGUUGGGAGAGGAACCUACUUUAGGACCUCUUUUAUUUUAAAGAAGCCUGUUUAAAGGGCUAUUUCUUAUAGAGAAAAGUUGAAUCUACAUCUAGGCCAUCUCUAGGUUACAAGAUGCUAAGAGGUUAGACAAAAUUUCAUUUUUUGCCAGUGGUGGUAGCAUUGAUUUUUGUUUCAUGCGUCUCACCCAGGAUCAUUCAUUCAAGCAUGUCUUCAUCAAGUGGGAGCCAACUGUCCUGUCUGCCUCAAGAAUGUGUCUUUUCUUUAGCUUCCCUGAUGAUUUUUGGUGGUUUAGAAAUAGGUGUGUGCGUGCGUGUGUGCG